CAGCUAUGUAAUGUUUUCCGAUCCCAUGAAAUGGAAAUUGACCAGUGCUUGCUGGAGACCCUUCCCCUUGGCCAAAGGCAGCGGCUGGUGAAACGCAUGCGCUGUGAACAAAUCAAAGCCUACUAUGAAAGAGAGAAGGCUUUUCAGAAGCAGGAAGGAGUCCUGAAAAAACUGAAGCAUGGCAAGAACCAGAAAGUGCAUUUUAACCUUGCUGACAUGAUUCAGGAUGCAAUUAUCCACCAUGAUGACAAAGAAGCACUUCGACUGUUGAAGGAGGGGGUGGACCCCCACACUCCCGUUUCCUCAGGAGGGUCCCUGCUCCAUCUGUGUGCUCGUUAUGAUAACGCCUUCAUUGCAGAGAUCCUCAUUGACAAAGGGGUCAAUGUCAAUCACCAGGAUGAAGACUUUUGGACGCCAAUGCACAUUGCCUGUGCAUGUGAUAAUCCAGAUAUUGUCCUGCUCCUCGUAUUAGCUGGAGCCAAUGUCCUUCUCCAGGAUGUUAAUGGAAACAUACCAUUGGAUUAUGCUGUAGAAGGGACAGAAUCAAGCUCUGUUCUAUUGACGUAUCUGGAUGAAAAGGGGGUGGAUCUGACCUCCCUGCGCCAGAUGAAGCUUCAGAGACCCAUGAGUAUGUUAACCGAUGUCAAACACUUCUUAUCAUGUGGAGGGAAUGUUAACGAGAAAAAUGAUGAAGGAGUAACACUGUUACAUAUGGCAUGCGCCAGUGGCUACAAGGAGGUAGUGUCUCUCCUCUUGGAACAUGGGGGAGACCUCAACGCAGUGGAUAAUCAGUACUGGACCCCACUUCACUUGGCAGCAAAGUAUGGCCAGACAAACCUGGUGAAACUUCUUUUGAUGCAUCAGGCAAAUCCAAACCUUCUGAACUGCAAUGAAGAGAAGGCCUCAGAUAUCGCUGCAUCUGAGUUUAUUGAGGAAAUGCUGCUGAAAGCCGAAAUUACCUGGGAAGAAAAAAUGGAAGAGCCUUUAUCUGUGCCUACCUUAGCACAAGAGGAACCCUAUGAAGAGAUCCUUCAUGACCUGCCAGCUCUUUCCAGUAAGCUCAGUCCCCUGGUGUGGCCAAUUGCCAAGCAAGACAGUUUGUUGGAAAAAGACAUUAUGUUUAAAGAUGCAACAAAAGGCCUAUGCAAGAAACAGUUCCAGGACAGCUCUCCUGAAAGCUCCACUGUGAAUGGCCCCACCAAACCUGAGCAGGUCAAGCUAAUGCCUCCUGCUCCAAAUGAUGACCUAGCAACACUCAGUGAGCUCAACGAUGGCAGCCUGCUUUAUGAAAUUCAAAAGCGUUUUGGGAACAAUCAGAUAUACACUUUCAUUGGGGACAUCCUCUUACUUGUUAAUCCAUUCAAGGAGCUUCCAAUUUAUUCCACCAUGGUCUCCCAGCUGUACCGGAGCAGCACGGGGCAGCCCUGCUCCUCCCUGCCACCCCACAUUUUCUCCUGUGCGGAGCGGGCCGUGUACCAGCUGUUCCAGGAGCAGCGGCCCCAGUGCUUCGUUCUCAGUGGGGAAAGAGGGUCUGGAAAGACCGAAGCCAGCAAACAAAUAAUUAGGCACCUAACCUGUAGGUCGGGCACCAGCAGGCCUAUCUUUGAUUCCAAAUUCAAACACGUCACGUGCAUUUUAGAGGCCUUUGGACAUGCUAAGACAACUCUUAAUGACCUGUCCAGUUGCUUCAUAAAGUAUUUCGAACUGCAAUUCUGCGAGAGGAAAAAACAGUUAACUGGAGCCAGAAUUUAUACAUAUAUGCUAGAGAAAUCCAGACUCAUUUCACAACCCCUUGGCCAAAGCAACUUUCUCAUUUUCUACUUGUUGAUGGAUGGGUUAUCUGCUGAGGAGAAAUAUGGACUUCACCUUAAUAAUUUAUGUGCACAUCGGUAUUUGAACCAGACCCUGAGAGACGACCUAUCAACAGCAGAGCAUUCCCUGAACAGGGAGAGGUUUGCUGUUUUGAAACAAGCCUUGAAUGUAGUUGGCUUCAGUAACUUGGAGGUGGAAAAUCUGCUUGUGAUUCUAGCAGCAAUAUUACACGUUGGAGACAUUCGGUUCACGUCUCUAACUGAGGAGGACUCUGCAUUUGUUUCCGACCUCCAGCUCCUAGAACAAGUGGCUGGGAUGUUACAAGUCUCAGCAGAUGAACUGGUGUCUGCUCUAACAACUGAUAUUCAAUAUUUGAAAGGGGAUAUGAUCACACGGCGGCAUACUAUAGAGAUGGCGGAAUUUUACCGGGAUCUCCUGGCCAAGUCCUUGUACAGUCGUUUGUUUAGCUUUUUGGUGAAUAGCAUGAAUUGUUGCCUCCAGAGUCAAGAUGAGCCUAGCAGCAUGCAGACUUUGCAUAUCGGAAUAUUGGACAUCUUUGGUUUUGAAGAAUUUCAAAAGAAUGAAUUUGAACAACUUUGUGUCAACAUGACCAAUGAGAAGAUACACCACUAUAUCAAUGAAGUGCUUUUUCUACACGAGCAAACAGAGUGUGUACAAGAGGGAAUUACCAUGGAAACAGCUUAUUCUCCUGGUAACCAGACUGGAGUUUUGGAUUUUUUUUUCCAGAAGCCAUCUGGAUUUCUCUCUUUAUUGGAUGAAGAAAGUCAAAUGAUUUGGUCAAUGGAAACAAAUCUUCCCAAAAAACUACAAAGUCUCCUUGAAUCCUCAAAUACAAAUGCAGUAUAUUCCCCCAUGAAGGAUGGGAAUGGGAAUGUUGCCCUCAAAGAUCAAGGCACAGCAUUCACUAUUAUGCACUAUGCAGGACGGGUAACGUAUGAAAUUGUUGGAGCAAUUGAAAAAAAUAAAGACUCCCUUUCACGGAAUCUUUCAUUUGUAAUGAAAACUAGUGAAAAUGUCGUGAUCAAUCACUUGUUCCAGUCGAAACUGUCACAAACAGGAUCCCUUCUAUCUUCCUAUCCUUCCUUUAAAUUCAGAGGACAUAAAUCUACCCUGCUCAAUAAGAAAAUGACAGCUUCUUCAACUAUUGGAGAAAACAGGAAUUAUCUAGAACUUAGUAAGUUAUUGAAAAAGAAAGGAACUUCUGCAUUUCUUCAAAGACUGGAACGAGGAGGUCCAGUCACCAUUGCAUCACAACUCAGGAAAUCUCUAACGGAUAUUAUUGGAAAACUUCAGAAGUGCACGCCACACUUUAUUCAUUGCAUCAAGCCCAAUAACUCAAAGCUGCCAGAUACCUUUGAUAAUUUUUACGUGUCUGCUCAGCUACAAUAUAUUGGGGUCCUGGCGAUGGUGAAGAUCAUCCGAUAUGGAUACCCUGUUCGCCUGUCCUUCUCAGAUUGCCUGUCAAGGUUUAAGCCCUUGGUGGAGACACUCCCCGGCGAGAAGAAGAAGCUGUCUGCUGAGGAGAAAUGCCGACUUGUUCUCCAGCAGUGUAAAUUACCAGGCUGGCAGAUGGGAGUCCGAAAAGUGUUUCUAAAAUACUGCCAUGCCAACCAGCUCAAUGAUUUGUGCCUACAGCUGCAGAGAAAAAUUAUCAUCUGUCAAAAAGUUAUAAGAGGAUUUCUGGCACGCCAGCACUUGCUUCAGAAAAGAAGCAUCAGACAGCAAGAGGUCACAUCCAUCAACAGCUUCCUGCAGAUUACAGAGGACAUGGGGCUGAAGACCUAUGAUGCCCUGGUCAUUCAGAAUGCUUCAGACAUUGCCCGUGAGAAUGACCGGCUCAGGAAUGAAAUGAAUGCUACUUACCACAAAGAGAAGUUGGAGGCCAGAGGCAAGCAAGAGGAAGGAACCAAAAGAACUGAAGACAGGAGUGGACCCAGGCAUUUCCACUGCAGCUCCGUCCCAGUCCCCAUGGCUGCGGACAGCCUGGUGCAGUCCCUGGCUGGCUCCUCCACCCGGUCUCCUUCUCUGCACUCGGUGUUCAGCCUGGAUGACAGCAGUGGCCUCCCGUCACCACGGAAACAGCCUCCGCCCAAGCCAAAGAGGGACCCUGCCACGCGGCUGAGCGCCUCCUAUGAGGCUGUGAGCGCCUGCCUGUGGGCCGCAGCCAAGGAAUCAUCGACUGAAGUGCUCACCCGGCCCAGACCGCACAGUGACGACUACAGCACCAUGAAGAAGAUUCCUCCUCGAAAGCCAAAGCGAAGUCCCCACACCAAGCUCAGCGGCUCCUCGGAGGAGAUCUCCGGCGCCGGGCCCGGGGCGGUGGGCGUCCCGGGCGCGCGGCACAGAGCAGGGGGUCCACAGUGCGCCCUGAGGGCCAUGCUGGGGGUCCCCGCGCACCCAGCGCCCCUGGCGCACUCUGAGGCCGAGACAGAGCCUGAGCCGGAGCCCGUCUACAUCGAGAUGGUGGGCCACGCGGGCAGCCCCGACCAGGGGGAAGCGGUGUACGAGGAGAUGAAGUACUUCGCGCCCCCAGAGGACGGGGGCGCUCAGGUGGCGGGCGCCUGGGCGGCCGUGUCACUCCCGUGGCUGUGUGAGCGCCCCAGCCCCUUCACCUUGGAGGAGAGAGACACUGGCUGCCAGACACCAGGGCCGGGCAAAGACACCUGCGACAUCCCCGCCCCCUUCCCCAACCUGCUGCCUCACCGGCCCCCGCUCCUGGUGUUCCCCCCGACCCCUGUCACCUGCUCCCCAGCGUCGGAUGAAUCGCCUUUGACGCCCCUGGAGGUGAAAAAGCUGCCAGUCCUGGAAACCAACCUCAAGUACCCUGUGCAGUCGGAAGGCUCCAGUCCUCUGUCGCCACAGUAUUCCAAGAGCCAAAACGGGGGUGGUGACAGGCCCCCGUCCCCCGGCCUACCUGUGUUCAACGGGUCCCACAAAGUCUCUCCGCCUCCCACGCCGCCGCCUCCUCCCCCUGCGCCGCCUGCCGCUGCCCACCGCCACUUCACCUUCCCACCCGAGGCCGGCGUGGUGCCCACGGGGAAAGCAGCCGCAAACCCGGAUCUGCCCAAAGUGCAGCAAAAGCCAAACUCUGCUCCCGCAGCGGGUCCCUGCAGCUCCUUCUCCAAGGCUCCGCAUUCCCCUGGGAAGGCAGCAGCUAGAGUGGACCAUCGGAAGGCCAACUCCAACGCCUCGUCUCCAGUCCCCUACAGCCCCCCGAACUCCAGGCCCCUCGGCAGCCCCCUGGACGAGCUAACCAGCCUCUUUAACUCCGGGAGGAGCGUCCUUCGGAAGUCUGCAGCGGGAAGAAAAAUCAGGGAACCUGAAGGUUUUGAAACUAACAUGAACCUGACUAGCCGAGAUGAUCCCGGUACAUCAGAGAUCGCACCAGAGACUCAAGAUAGAAAUGCAAAUAACCAUGGAAUUCAAUUAUCUAAUUCACUCUGUAGUGCUGUCGCUACUGAAAAUGGCAAUUCCAUCUCAAAUGGUUUACCUGAAGAAGAGGGAUUCUCCAGGUUGUCUGUGAGUGGGACAGCGACCUCAACAUUUCAGAGACAUAGAGAGAGUCACACCACUCAGGUUAUCCAUCAGCUGAGGCUCUCAGAGAAUGAAAGUGUGGCCCUGCAGGAGCUCCUGGACUGGAGGCGAAAGCUCUGUGAGGAAGGAGAAGACUGGCAGCAGAUUCUGCAGCACUCUGAGCCCAGAGUGCCUCCUCCACCUCCAUGCAAAAAGCCCACACUCCUGAAGAAGCCUGCAGGGGCCCCCUGCAGCAAGCUGCCUUCCCAGUUCUGGGACACUACCAUGUGAUGUGAUCCAGCUCACAGCAUAAAACUGCCCAGUGAUUCCAGGCAGCACCCACAGAAGGCUGCCUCUGAUACUGCUGGGUGCUCUCUCCACGAAUUUACACAGAAAAGCACAGAACACGGAAGUUAAAUACCUGAGAUUCCGUGUAUGUGUGUGUGUGUGUGACUGUGACUGUGUAUGUGUGUGUGUGACUGUGUGUGUGUGUGUGUGUGCGUGUGUUUUCUUACCCAUUCCAUGGGGAUACACUCCAAUUUCCAGGCUCCAUGGUGAUAGGGCCAUGCUACUUCCAUGUAGCAAGUGAAAGGCCAUAAAAAGAUAUGGAUGAGGUGAGAGAGGAAAGAGGGGUGGAGGAGAGGAGGGAUUCAUGCACACUAUACACUUGUUCUUAUAUAGUCUGACUACAUGUUUCUCGUACUCCAAUUGUUUUAAUACAAUAUACUCUACCGGACAUGUGUUUUUAUUUCUUUGUAGGCAUUUGUGUUUUAUCGUAAUUACAAACCUGAAAAUGAUAUACAUGUUUCUUACUGUGUUUUAUAACUUUAUGUAAUUGGUGGUGCUCCCUUUCUUCAAAAUACAGAUUUUUAAAAAUUAUUUCUAGAUUUUUUUUCUUUUGCAUACCAUUUUUUUUUACCUAAAGUAUCUAAGAAUCUGGGGACUCUGCUGUUGUUUUAGCUUUGCCCUGCAUAUCUAUAUGGACCAAGUCCCAUGUUUUAUAUUUCACUCAUUGAUUAGGAGGCAGUUCCUUCCUGUGGCCUGUAUUUCUGGAUAUGUGGAUUGUGAGCUCUUCAGUUAAAUCUCAUCCCCUGACUUCAGUAUAGGUUACAGGAGAUUUUGUGUCAGUCUGCAGGUAUGGCUUCAACUUCAUAGCUGUUGGGAGGAAAGGGCCAUUCCCAUUUAAAGGUCUGCACAGUGCAAAUAAGCACGUGGAGAUUUACUGGUUUCAGCAGCAAUGCUGCAUCACAAGUCAAUUGUCCUCUCCGAGCUCCUCUGCAUGGCUCACCUGCUGUAUAUCCUCACCCUCCUGUACUGCAACUGCCUGUUUGUUGAUGUGCUUCUGCGGGCUGUCGGGAAGUUCCAAGCGGUGGCAUCAGACCAUUGUGUCUGGCUACUCGGACUCUCUAUUCAUACCAGCCUUUGAAAAGUUACUGUGCCAAUAAAAGGGUACGACUCUGUUCUUCUGUGGUUUUAUUUAU